AUGCCAACCAAUCUACCUUCAAGUUUCGCCUCGGCUGCUGCCGGCCAGAAUGCGAAUCGCGACCCUAGGACCGGUCGACCCGAUGGCCGCGUCGCUGUCGGCGGCGACUGGGCACGCCGAGAUGGCCGAUCCGCGAACGGAACCAUGACCUUUCGCCGCGCGUCGACGACGCCCCUAGGCCAAACCAUGCAGACCGCCCCUCCGACAGAACUGGCGCCUCAGCCCACAUCAGCCGAGCCCGCUGCAGCCGUUGCCAACCUCGACGCUGAGCCGAGUCGCUACACUAGGGACGAUCUUUUGGACGUGUUCCGCGCUCAGAAGAUGGGCGACGAUCCCUCUCGCCUGUUCAUCUCCGGCUGGGACCCCAGCAAUAUUAAUGGAAGCAGUGGCAGGGGCUGGGGCAAGAGCAACGAAACUCACAUCCCGCAAGAGCCUGGUGCAUGCUGGGACCGGAGUGGCGAGACGGCUCCGAUGGCUCUGCAAGACUAUUCUCAAGAUGAGAAGGAGGCUUUCUCGACCGACAUCAAUUCUCCGCUCAAGCCUCCGACUCAAAAUAAGGAGGCUCACCAACCGAACGGCAGUGGUCGAAAAUCGUCCAUCUCUCAAGGAACAGGUAACGCAUACGGCGUCACAUCACCAUCCUCGGCGACUAGGCCGUCAGCUCGCCGGCGCGAAACCGUCGAUUCGAAUCCCUUCAGCAGCUCUGGCCUGGGCUCACCGACGGGGCCCAGUCGGUUUUCUAGAGAUGACCAGACGUAUUGGUUCAAUCGGAAGGCUGGCGAUCCUAAGGAGUCUGAUGCCGACGAGCAGGCUGUGGACCAGGCGCGUGACCAAGUCAACCCCAUUUUGCCUGGUCUCAUGCGAGCCAAUACUGCAGGGGCCGUGGGGAUGAGCUCCAUUUGGCCUCCUUCCAAUCCGCCUACACCCGGUGCGGGAGGUUUUGGAAACUUUUCUAUCGGGUCUACGGCUGUUGGAGACAAGCGUGUUGGUGGUGCGGCUGGCGGAAGUAGGCUCGCUCACCUCAUGCCAAAAGACAGCUCCGAAAAUAUGAGCGCUAAAGGCUCCGACGCCAAUGCGCCUACUGGACAGCAGCAGUCUUGGAGAACGCGGCCCCGAACUGACACGGAUCCUUUUGGAGAGGAAGAGUUAUCAGGUAGCGCGAUGCUAGGAGGAUCGCAGGAUACCAAUCCAGAUGGCAACCGCGCCAGCGCUCUAGGCACUCCCGUCAAAGGUUCCGCUGGUGACUUCGGCAUGACAGGCUUGAAUCUCGAUGGUGGUGACGACCCCAACAGCCCAUCUGAGACAAACCCGUACCGCAGUCCGGCAAACCGCGACGAGGGAGAAUCUGGUAAUGAAAACAAGCAGUACGGCAGCGCUCCCCAAGAGCAUGGCGUAGGCUUUGGUGCUAUGCCCAGAAGCUUCGCUCCCGGUGCUUUUGAUGGCAGCGACCGCAGCCAGACUUCGAGCGUCGGUGCAAAGGGCUAUCCACUCGGUCACUUGUCUGGAUGGCCUGCUCCUGGACCUUCAACUGGAACCCCCGAUCGCGAUCGCCCCAACUUCGGAAGCGCUUUUGGAAACUCUCUCUUUGGAAAUAUGGGAGAGCUACAAUCUCCAGGCCUCGGCAACCUGGGCAACGUUUUUGGUCCAUCGGGCUCUGGUGGUCUCGGUGCUGGCAGCAUUGGGCGUGGUAGCAAGCUAGGCUCUCUAUUCCCUGCGGCUAUGCAGGCGCAGAUGCAGGGCAAUGAUCACGAGUCUGGUAGCGAGGGUCCUGAUCUACGCCAGGGAAACCCCCUUGGCGCGAUCGGCCGUGGCAACUUCCCAGGACCUCCAAGAGAUACCGAAAGCCCUAUGCGAUCCAGCCGUGGUGUUUUUGAGGAUCUUUUCCCAUCCAACGAGGCGAACAGGGGACUUGUUCAUAUGGCUGGCUCUGACGGCAGCCAGGGGCCCUCUGGCCAGUCCUUUACUCCCGUUCCCGGCGGCAUGCCAUUCGGCGGGCCUGCUCCAAGCGAACUUUCAGCAGCCCAGGCUCGUCAGAUGGUGAUGCCGGAUCGCAUGAGAUGGGUGUACUUGGAUCCCCAGGGCCAGGUUCAAGGGCCCUUUACUGGCCUGGAAAUGAAUGACUGGUACAAGGCCAACUUCUUUACCCCAGACCUGCGAGUCAAGAAGGUCGAAGAUCCCGAAUUUGAACCCCUUGGUCAGCUCAUCCGUCGCAUAGGCAACUCGCGUGAGCCAUUCCUAGUUCCACAAAUCGGUAUUCCUCACGGGCCGGCCGUACCAGCCGGUGGUUUUAACGGCAACGCCGGCGUUGUUCCGCCUCUCAGUGGUGUUUUCCCAAGCUUUGGCAGAACGCUCACAGCUGAGGAGCAGAAUAACUUGGAGCGCCGGAAGCAGGAAGAGCAAUACAUUAUGGCUCAGCAAAGAGACUACGUUAUGCGCCAGCAGGCGAUGACCAAGUUUCCCAUUCACAACCCGGGCCUGCAACACCACUCUAGUGCCCAGAGUCUCCAGAGUCAGCCAAGCUUUGGAAACAUUAGCAACCCAGCUCAGCAGCCACCUGCCAUGGGAGGUUUAGGUCAUUUUAUGGACCCUGGAAGCGGGCCUUUGCUUCAUGCCAGAGCUGGAAAUGAACAUUUUCGCCAAGAAGAUAUGGUAAACCUGAGUGGUCACGAGCGCCAGAUGCUGGUUGCUGCCAUGGGCGGUAAUGAGGCUUCUGCUAUAGGGCAGCAAAUCGGCGACGAGGAAGGCUUGCGCGCCGGUCUCCCACAGACCGGCCAGCUUGCUGAAGACUCUGAAGGAUUCCGAGACCGUCUCCAGGAGUUUGAGGGUCUUCGUGCCCAACACGAGGCUGAGCAGGCCGCAAAGGCUGAAGAUGAGGAACGUGCUGUUGCAGAGGCCAGGGCCCUCGAGCCUUCUGCUGCCACCAGCCGACAGUCCGGCAAAGCUGGAAAGAGGAAGAAGCUGUCAGAGGAGGAGUCCUUGUCUCUUACUGAACAAGUUCAAAUCACUCAAGCUGCAGCGGCGGGGUUUGCCCAGCCUGCGGAGCCUGUGCAGCCUGGUAUGCCCAUGCCUUUCCCUCCCCCAUCCUCAACAACACCUCUACCUGCUCCCACUGCCCAGCGUGUACGGUCCAACCUGCCCGAGCAGUACAGCAGAUCUCAGACGGCCACCCCUGAAGCUGUUCAGCCUCCACCGCUAGCACCAUGGGCCAAGGAGCCUGGUCACGAAGGACAGCGCGGUCCAAGCCUGAAGGAGAUUCAAGAAGCCGAGGCACGCAAGGCUGCCAAGGCCGAGGAACUUGCCGCCGCUCAGAGGAAGGCCGUAAUGGAGCAAGAGGGUGCUCUCCUGCGCGAGCGGGAGAGAGCUGCGGCUGCGGCUGCCACAGCUGCGGCCCUGCCGGCAUCCAGCACCUGGGGUCUUGGCUCGCCAGCAUCCAGUACAAGCCCGUGGGCUCAGCCUGGCCCGCAAAAGGGAGCCAACAUUCCCGCCUCCGCCUCGUCUUCAUCGUUGAGUAAAAAGACCCUGGCAGAGAUUCAGCGCGAGGAGGAGGUAAGAAAGCAAAAGGCCAUGCAAACAGCUAUUCAGACCGGCACUCCCACCAGCGUUACGAAGAGCUACGCGAAUCUAGCGAGCAAGACAAAUCCCCCUGCUAUCCCCGGCGCGCCAUCUCCAGCUGCUCCCCCCGGCGUUGGUUGGGCAACAGUCGGAGCUGGUGGUAAGGUCAAGGCUCCAACUGGGCCUGUUGCACCAGUCAGAUCUGUCAGUAACGCAGGCAUUAAGCCCGCACCCGUCGUGGCUCGGCCGAGCCCGAAGCCGAGCCCUGCUAUCACUCAGCGCGUCGGAUCUGCUAGCAACGGAGGAAACACUGCUAUGGAUGAGUUUAACGCCUGGACGCACCGAGAACUUUCUCGCGGCAUUACUACUGAUGUCGCUAGCUUCCAGUCGACUUUGGAGGCCCUUCCACUUGACACUGGCCUGAUUGCCGACGCCGUCUAUGCCAGUUCCACUACUAUGGAUGGCAGACACUUUGCAGAGGAGUACGUUCGCCGCAAGAAGCUUGCCGAGAAGGGCAUUUUUGAAAAGCAGGCCUCCGACAACAGAAGCUCCUCGGGCGGUUGGAGCGAAGUCGCCAAGAAGGGCAGCGGCAGCAGCAACAGCAGCAGUCAGCCCCCUCGCGAGCCGGAAGGCAACGCCUCUGCCAUGCAGGGGGCAGGCUUCAAGGUGGUCCCCAGCAGAAAGAAGGGCAAAAAAUAG